AAGGACCAUCUUCUUGUGCUUCUGGAUAGAUUUUGAAAGGCGACUACAAAAUGACACAUUGACCACUAUGACAGACAUCAUUAACCACAACAUGACUUCUACUGCGCCAACAGGCUUCCUUGGUGGAGCAACAGGUUUCUUAGGAAGUAGCACCAGUCGCACAGAUCUGCUUGCACUCGCGCAAAUACGCAGACAGGCGAAACGCGAAAGCGAAGCUGUCUUUCUUUGGUGGGAGGAAUUGGCGGAACGUCCUAGUAAAAAAGAGGGUUCCACCAAAAACGGAGGAAGAAGUCUUCAGAAACCUAAGGCAGGGAUUGGGCGGUUGAAAGACCACGAUGAUAGGCGAGCUGAGUAUAGUGGUAGUUGUACACGAACUUCAUUGGGGAGAAGUCAGCCGAUUGCCCUUUCCUCAGCUAGCACUAAGAGAAAUUAUGAUCAGUCGCAAAAAGCGAAUCAUCUCUACCACGGGCACAGCUCUUGGAAUAAACAUUUCUAUUCCUCAAACAAUAUCGACAAAGAACAUGCUGAGGACGCGGUAACUGGUGGUGAAAAGGAGGCUCAUAGUAGCAGAAUUGUCCCCGCCAUAUCCUUAACUGCGAUGAGCGGAUACGAUCCCGAUCGCACACUAGAUGACACGUCGCUGCACGAGUCCAAAUUAGACGUUGGUACACUGCGUGCGAAAGUUGACGCGUUGACUGAAGCUUGGACUGCUCAACGUGAGUUGAAUGCGAAACUUGUGAACGGUGGUGAACCUAGUGGUACUAGUUCUCGCACAGAACCUGGAGGUGGAAUUCCUAGUACUCUUCUCCGCACUCAGCCAGGUAGAGGAGGAGGUGGAGUUCCUAGUAGUCUCGUUGGUACCGGGCGCGGCGAUGAUGGCGUUCGUACUAUGCUUCGCACACAGCCACAGGAAAACGGACUUCAGAGGACUAUGUUCCGGACGCAACCACUGACUGGAGCACAACCACUAGGACCCGACACUGUAGGAGCUCAGUCUCGUGCUGCCCUCAUGCUGCAAGAAAUGCAAAAACAAUGGGCAGGAAGGUCAUCUACAACUGGUGAAGCGACUUGUUCUAACAAAACAAACGUUUAUUGUAACAAAGCAAAUAUAAUAGAGGUUAAUAGCAGUACAACCACUAGUAGUAGUACUAAAAAAGUGGAAGAUGCAGGUGCUCUUCCUUCUAGUACGCUAGUAAUCCAAGAUGAACUGGAUCAUGUACAGAUGCCUUCCCUUGUUCACGAAGAGACAGCUACGACUUCUUGCAUGCCAAAUCAAAGCAUCAACGCAUCCACGUCACUAGCAACAGAGGCCGACGCGAGUCAGAUCCUGGGCGCUUUGGGGACUAUACUUAUUGAGAAUUGUUCCAGAUUUUUAUUAUUUCUACGCUCUUACUCCACCGAAAUACUGAUCUUAGAAAGUCCUAGGUUCAUCUUAUUAUUGUGGUGGUAAACGAGCAAGUAGUGUUUCAUUACAGAGCGUGAUGUAAGUUUCAUAAGUUGUAUGUCUGAAGCCAUAUAAUUAGACCAAUUCUUCACAGGGAUUGGCACAUUUUCGGUGAUUCAUGCUUACUCACGCCAAUAUAUGCUGCAAGAAAUGCAAAAACAAUGGGCAGGAAAGUCAUACAGGGGGAGGAGGAGGGGGGGGCGUGCGGCCCUGGGACAUAGGGUCAUAUAUACUCUCUCAUGAGAUCAUGCCAUUUCACUAUACUUUCUAAUUCCCUAUGGCAGCAGGACGUGGAGUCUGCACCAGCACGCAGGACAAGCAGGCCUCGUCCAAAAACUGCUGUCUUUCACGAAACACGCGCAGCAGCAUUGAGGUCGUCCUUUAGGGCAGAUCUAGACCACUUUCAAGACGUCUUGGACCAACAUGGCUCACCUGACUAUAAACGGAAAGCACGACAUAGUCGAACUUAGAUCAGACGAAGAGGAGUACGGGAUUGAAUGUUAUUUGCUGAUGCUAUGACACAGGUAGACAUCAAGAGCUACGUAAGAGGCGCCAUGACCUGACAUAGUCGAACUUGGAUCAGGCGCCUGUGUUGUAGUAGACGUGGAGACAGGCAGAUACAGAUAGAUUUGUUUCUGAAACGAAGAUGAUGAAGAAACGCUUUCAUCUCUACAAAAUUUGACCUUUGACGCGGCUGAGCAAAGUCUUUGCC